GGGGAGAGACUCAGAGACACGAGGAAAGAGAGACAGACAGAGACCCAGGGUCCCAGAGAUGCCCGGGAGGAGGCCCAGUGAGGCUGACUAGAUGUGACACGUCUUGGGGAUUCUGGGGAUGCCCAAAGACACCAGGAAGACACGGGGAUGAUAACCUCCGCCUAGAGAGGCCAGGCCAAGAAGAGAGCCGGGGCACGCGGGGCUGGUGUCGCUCUGGAACCCCUUCUCGCCCGCAGUCUGGCGGCUCUGACAGCUACCGUGUCGCCACCUCUCAGGACAAGAAAGAUGACAAGGGCUCGCCCAAGAAGAGCAAGGCCAAGGAGCGCCGGGAUCUGGAUGACCUCAAGAAGGAGGUGGCUAUGACAGAGCACAAGAUGUCAGUGGAAGAGGUCUGCCGGAAGUACAACACGGACUGCGUGCAGGGUCUAACGCACAGUAAAGCCCAGGAGAUCCUGGCCCGGGACGGGCCUAACGCCCUCACUCCGCCCCCCACCACCCCCGAGUGGGUCAAGUUCUGCCGGCAGCUGUUUGGGGGCUUCUCCAUCCUGCUGUGGAUCGGAGCCAUCCUCUGCUUCCUGGCCUAUGGCAUCCAGGCGGGGACGGAGGAUGACCCUUCCGGCGACAACCUGUACCUGGGCAUCGUGCUGGCGGCUGUAGUGAUCAUCACGGGCUGCUUCUCCUACUACCAGGAAGCCAAGAGUUCCAAGAUCAUGGAGUCCUUCAAGAACAUGGUUCCCCAGCAAGCCCUUGUGAUCCGGGAAGGCGAGAAGAUGCAGGUGAACGCCGAGGAGGUGGUGGUCGGGGACCUGGUGGAGAUCAAGGGUGGCGACAGGGUCCCGGCUGACCUGCGCAUCAUCUCAGCCCAUGGCUGCAAG